AUGAAGACUACUACCGCUCUUUUAACUCUCGCCGCAGUGGCGGAGAGCACUCCUUUAUUUUCCAAGCGCCACACCGACGAUGUCUUCGAAAGCAAGGAAAAGAUGUGCAAAGGUUGGGAUUUGAGAACGGCCGAAGGUGUCGACAAACUCUGGACCGAGACAGACGCUGGUAUCGAUCUUGAGCUGUUCAUCAACAUUCAUCCCGAGCACCAGAACAAUUGGCUCAAGAACCUCGAAGACCGUGUCAUGGGAGGUACAGACGGAAAGUCUGGAGCCGCCGGCUGUGCAGUCAUUGGAGGUAACUGCAACCCCAUGGGCGGAAUCGGUUGUGAGAAGCAGUUCGAGAAAUAUGGCACUACGUUUGUCAACAAGAAUUCGUAUUGGGUUUUUCAAUCAGUCAAAGGCAUGCACGGCAAAUUCGCUGAGUUGCAUCGCCAGUUGACCACUGAGACCCUUGUCAGCGGCCUCAAGAUUCCUAACAUGGUUGAUGAAUUUGAAGGAAAGGAGAAUAAGCCAGAUAACAUGAAGGGAUGGUUGUCUGCGGCUGCUACGAUGGGCAAUGCCCUUGGUGGUCUUGUCCCUGGAGGCUCUCAAAUCUCUGCUGGCCUUGGCCUUAUGGCUGGUCUCAUGUCCGGUCUCUCACUCAGCGACGACGAGGACAACGGUGCUGCUACUGUCUCAGCUGGUCUCGCUGACCUCUUCAAAGCUGCUUCAGUCCAGCUUGAAGACACCCUCCGGAUUGCCACCGGCGGCGGUCGGAACGAAGACGAGUACAACUCUCUUCCCGCUCCCAAAUGGGACACGUACCAAACCAAGAUCGCCAAGCUCUUCAACGGCGGUUGGUUCCUUCUCGAUGAUGACGUCGAGGCUGUUCGAGUAACUCUGGGCUCUAUCACCAACAACAUCCAGAAGAAGGUCGCCAACGAUGUCAUGAAGUCCUCCCACCUUUACCUCGUUGCCGAUAAACUCGGUGGCAAAGACUCACGCGAAAAGUGCGGUUUCUCGAAGGGUCGACAAUGGCUACCUCUUCGUGACGGCGAGGAAUACUGCUGGUACAUCAUGCGCAACGACCCCAAGGCCACUGCUGAGGGUGCUUGGCGCGAAGUGAAGCCUGAUAUCUACGACAAGAUGGCUUCGUAUGGUCUCGGUGAUCGUGAGACUUACUACAAAGCUCUUAUUGAUUGUGCUCUGAACGGCGAUAACAAGGUCCAAACCGACAAGCUUGUUCAGGGUGAAAUUCCGAGAUGCUUCUUUAAUAUGCCUGCUGUUUUUGUUACUCAUAACUCUGAGCAUGGCUGUGGAAGUCCUUUUGAUAACCACAAGUGUGACUACCGCAAGAGCACUCCUCUCAAAUAA